GCCAUGUUCAGUUCACUUGCUGCCUCGACUAACUUCUGUCGGGCCAAUCCUUUCUUCUCUCUCUCUCUCCUCUCUUUCUCUCUCUCUCUCCCAUUCUCUCUCGUUGUUCAUUCAUUCGUAACGUACGUUGUGUUCUCUCUCCGGGUGUAUUUCUGAAAGGACGACAUGGCAGAGAAACCGCAGGCAGAGAAGCCGCAGGCAGAGAAGCCGCAGGCAGAGAAGCCGCAGGCAGAGAAGCCGCAGGACCUCAUUAAGCAGCGGCACGUGGAGGCGACGCUGGCGAAGGACAAGGGCCCCGACGCCCGCCUCCUGUCCUGGGCCGUCAAGGACUUCACGCAAAAGGGCGACAACAUGGCCACCUGCGUCACGAGCGUUGAGGUGACAUACUCGCUGGAAGCCAAGGACCGCCACGUGUCUUACGUCGUCAAACUCAAUCCUCAGCGCAAAGUGGAAGCGAUGGGCGACAUGAUCAGCGACAUCCUGGAGAAGGAGAUCAAUUUCUACACGGACAUUUUGCCGGAUCUGAAUUCCGCUUUGGAGCGGGCGGGCUUGAGCAGACUGAGCGUCCCCACCUUCCACUUUGGGGAGAGAAACGUCGGCAGCGAAGUGAUCUUCUUCGAGGACCUUCGCGCACGGGGAUUCAAGAUGGCCGACCGGAAGCUGGGUCUGGACGCCGCGCAUGUGUACCUCGUCCUCAAGGAGCUGGCAAGGCUACACGCAGCGUCGGAUAUCCUAAAGAGAAGGUACGGAGAUCCGACUGACCGACACCCGCUCCUCAAGAAAGACUGGAUAACGGGUACGGGAGAAGAGCGAGAAUUUAUGCAGAAGAUGAUGAUAAGCAAUAUGGAUGGAGCAGUGAAGCUACUAAGGAAUAUCAAAGGCUAUGAUAACAUCCUGCAGUGGACCAUUCGGAACCAGCAGAAGAACAUGGACUUAUUCCAAAGCCAAUUAGCAGCGAAACCUCCAUUUCAAGUCAUUUGUCACGGAGACUGUUGGAACAAUAACUUUAUGUUUAGGUAUGACGACUCGGGAGCGCCCCUGGAGGUGAUGUUGCUCGACCUGCAAGUCACCCGCUUCGCCUCGCUCGCCACCGACCUCAAUUACUUCUGCUUCUCGAGCGUGAACGGCUCGCUUAUCAGCAGCAGCGUGCAGGACUUCCUCGCGGCCUACCACACGUCCUUCAGCCAAGUGACGGAGGCAGCUGGUCACCGCGUCCCGUUCAGCCUCGAGGAGCUCAAACAGGAGUUCCGAGACAAGCAUAUCUUCGGCCUGUUGAUCGGCCUCAUGGCCAUCCCUUUCAUCGUCAUGAACUCGGACGAUGUCCCCGAAGCCGACGAUUUCUUCAGUAUCGAAGGGAAUGAGGAGUUUAAGCAGAAGAUCCUGGACUCUCUGGACUCCAACCCCUUGCUGCGACCGCGGUUCUUGUCCGUCCUCGACUACAUGACCGAAGCGGGUGUCAUUGACUAGGGAAGGCCCGGCGUGACAGGAGGGCUCACAACGGGCUUCGAGCAAGAGCAUAAUCUCUGGAAAACGAAGAAUGAUGGGUCUUUCUUCUAAUUAUCAUUCGUUUUAUAAAUGAAGUAACUCGCAUGAACCGUUAUAAUCGGUCAUAAGUCUCAGGGUUACUAAACACGUGUCUCCAGUCUUUGAAAAUUGUUGGGAUGAAAUUUUCUUUCCUUAGAUAGCAGCAUAUAGUAAGGCCUUCAGUAAAAUAUUGUAACCCAUUCCUACUUUGUACUUUUGUAAACGCUUUGAGAAAAUUUAUUAGCAAAAAAUUAGUUAUGGAUAUAA